AUGAUUGACUAUCGAACAUAUCCACGUAUAACUGGUUCUCUUCGUGCACAUUCUGAUAUAGCUGAACGAUUACAUUAUCGAGGUGAUAUUGAUGAAUUACAACGACGUCGACAACAAUCAUCAAACAUCGAUUCAACAAUAACAUUAACAUGGAAUGAACUUCAACAAUUAUUUUUUAAACAUAGUUUAAAUUCAACAAUUGAAUCACAAAUUAAACAAUUACGAAAAUAUGCUAUUGAAUUUGAAUCUGAUUCAUCAUCGAUUGAUUCUGUUUGUAUUUAUCUUUUUGAUCUAUUUCGUAAUAUAAAUCAAAUUCAAGUAUCACAUUUAAAAGAAUUAAAAUUAAGAUUUCCAACUUAUACUCAACAAUUAGUAACACAAACAUUUGAAUUAAUACGUUUAUUAAUAAAUUCUCUUAAACCAAGUUUUAAUGAAGAAUAUUUAUCACGUACUACAUCGAAAUCAUCAUCAUCAAAAUCAUUAUUUGGUGAAGCAACUCUCUUUCAUCCUGUUUUAUUACAAAUGAAUGAACCAAUACCAUGGUUAGAUCGUUUAUCUUAUGAUUUAGCAUAUCAAGAACAAGAAAACAUUAAUAAUGAAGAAACAAUAAAUGAAAUUUUACCUAUUGUUACAUCUUCAAUAUCAACAUCUAUUUAUACUAAAAAAUGGCUUGAAGAUCGUUUACGUACUGUUUUAAAAUCUCGUGAUGAUAAAGGUGAUCUAGGUCAACAAGAAUUUUGUAAUUUAGUUUUUGAAAAUCUUGUUUCAAGUCAAACAGAUGAUGAAAUUCAACAUUCCUUAUGUGAUAUUAUUGGUUAUGAUCAUUUAGAAUUAAUUAGUGAAUUUAUACAAAAUCGUCAAAUGAUAAUUGACGGUGUUUUAAAUAGUGCUAAAGCUCGUCCACGUGAAAUUGUUCGAGCACCAGAACUUAUUCAACGUCAAACACAACCAAUUCAUGGUCCAACUAUUGUUGUACAAAGUGAAGAAGAAAAACGUUUAGAAAAACAAAUAAGAAGACAAUAUCGAAAACCACAACAACAACAACAACAGCAACAAUCAAAUGAUUUUCUAAAUGAAUUUUCUAAUCCAGAAUUAUUAAGAUAUGAACGUGAACGACAAUUACUUUUAGCAACAGAAAAACGUUAUGAACAAUUAUCAAAUAUAUCUCAAUCAAGUUCAUUACAAACAAAGAUUAAAUAUCCAUUUGUAUUUGAUCAAUUACAAGAAAUAAAACAAAAAACAGCAUAUAUUGGUGGAAGAAAUCUUCUUUUACCGGAAAAUAUUGAACGAAAAUCAACAACAACUUAUGAUCUUGUUCAUAUUCCACAUGGUGAACAAAUUAAAUUAGCUAAUUUAGGAAAACAUAUUUGUUCUGAACUUGUUCGUUAUGAAGAUUUAGAACCAUUAGGACAAAUUCUAUUUAAAGAUAAUAUUAAAACACUUAAUUUAGUUCAAUCAAUUGUAUACAAGACAGCUGCUUUUUCAAAUGAAAAUAUUCUUAUUUCUGCUCCUUCUCAUUAUUAUAUAAAUUAUAUAACAAUUGAAACAAUAAAUGGACGUUUAUCAAAUCGUAAUAUGACUGAAGCUGAUCUUAUCGAACUUGCAUCAUUAGCUGAUGAAUUUUCUCAACUUAAAGUUCGUGAUGAUGAAUUAGAUGAACUUGAUUUAUUAUAUAAUAAUCAAUGUCAUUUACCAGUUAAAGGUGGUGUAGAAAAUGUUCAUGGAAAAACAAAUAUUCUUAUGCAAGCAUAUAUAUCACGUGCACAAUUAAAGUCAUUUUCAUUAAUAUCAGAUAUGUCAUAUGUUAAUCAAAAUGUUGUUCGUUUAAUACGUGCUUUAUUUGAAAUUGUUCUUAAACGUGCAUGGGCUAUAUUAUCAUCACGUUUACUUCGUUUAGCUAAAAUGGUUGAACAACGUAUGUGGGAUACAAUUAAUCCAUUAUGGCAAUUUUCACAAUAUAUUAAUAUUGAAAUUUUACAAAAAUUAGAUGCAAAACAAAUGACACCAGAACGUUUAUUAGAUAUGGAUGCAAAAGAUAUUGGUAUUAUGAUACAUAAUGCACGUUUAGGUAAAGAAAUUAAAGCUUAUGCAUCAUAUAUACCUAUAUUACAUAUUGAAACACAAUUACAACCAAUAACACGAACAGUAUUACGAAUAAAAUUAACUAUAACAGCAGCAUUUAAAUGGUCGGAUAAAAUUCAUGGUACAACAAAUCAACAAUUUUGGAUAUGGAUUGAAGAUCCUGAUACAGAUAAUAUAUAUCAUUCAGAAUAUUUUAUUAUAACAAAAAAACAAGUUAAAUUAGAAGAACCACAAAUAGUUAUUUUUACUAUACCAAUUAUUGAACCAUUAGCUAAUCAAUAUUAUGUACGAACUAUUAGUGAUAGAUGGCUUGGUUCUGAUACAACAACUAUUAUUUCAUUUCAUAAUUUAAUUUUACCCGAACGUCAUAUGCCACAUACAGAAUUAUUGGAUUUGGAUCCAUUACCAGUCACAGCAUUGGGUAAUUCUGAAUAUGAAGCUUUAUAUAAAUUUAAACAUUUUAAUCCAAUUCAAACUCAAUUAUUUCAUUGUUUAUAUCAUACAAAUAAUAAUACAUUACUUGGUGCUCCAACAGGUUCAGGUAAAACUGUUGCAGCUGAAAUAGCUAUGUUUCGUGUUUUUAAUAAAUAUCCUGAUAUGAAAUGUGUUUAUAUUGCACCAUUAAAAGCGCUUGUACGCGAACGUAUACAAGAUUGGAAAGUACGUUUUGAAGAACGUCUUGGUAAAAAAGUUAUUGAAUUAACAGGUGAUUUUACACCUGAUACACGUGCUAUACAACUGGCUGAUGUUAUUGUAACAACACCAGAAAAAUGGGAUGGUAUGAGUCGUUCAUGGCAAACACGUUCCUAUGUUAAACAAGUUGUUUUAUUAGUUAUUGAUGAAAUACAUAUGUUAGGUGAAGAUCGUGGUCCAGUACUUGAAGUUAUUGUUUCACGAGCAAAUUUUAUAUCUUCACAUACAGAACGACCACUUCGUAUUAUUGGUUUAUCAACAGCUGUUGCAAAUGCUCGAGAUUUAGCUGAUUGGUUAGGUAUAACAGGUACAAUUGGUUUAUAUAAUUUUCGACCAAGUGUUCGACCUGUACCAUUAGAAGCACAUAUUCAAGGUUAUCCAGGCAAACAUUAUUGUCCACGUUGUAUGUCAAUGAAUAAACCAGCUUAUAAAGCUAUACGUACACAUUCACCAAAUAAACCUGUUUUAAUAUUUGUUAGUAGUCGAAGACAAACACGUUUAACAGCUGAAGAAUUAGCGAAAUAUUUAUUAAAUGAUGAUAAUCCAAAACAAUGGUUACAUAUGCCUGAUUAUGAAAUGAAUAAUUUAUUAGCACAAAUACAAGAUAAAAGUCUUCGAUUAACAUUACCAUUUGGUGUUGGUAUUCAUCAUGCUGGUUUAAAAGAUCGUGAUAGACAUAUUGUUGAAGAAUUAUUUGUUAAUCAACGAAUUCAAAUAUUAGUUGCAACGUCAACAUUAGCAUGGGGUGUUAAUUUUCCAGCACAUCUGGUUAUUAUUAAAGGUAAUUGUCUAAUGUAG